GAGGGCGCUUUGAAAUGGCGGGAAUACGAUUUCUAUUUCCAAAUAUGAUACGGCAAAUAUCUAUGCAAAUAUACAUUAUAUUGCGACGCUGUAUUUAGAAACAUUUCCCAAUUUGUAAGUUACAAACUUAUCUUAUCUUAUCUUACAAACCAUUGUGUGAGUGAAGUGAUACUGAUAUACAAUGACAGGUAAUUCUAAAAAGGUACCACACAACAAGGUCAAGGGGCAUCGCCAUCAGUAUGCCACAUACGUGAAUCAAAACAGAAAUGCAUUGGUACGGAAAUACCCCUUCCUCCGCCCUGACCAGAUCAGGCGCAAGCUGCGACAAAUGUGGGAGGCCGAAAAAUUACCAAAGGCACUACCUCAACCAACAAUCGCCAGCCAUGGAGAAAAAGUUGCUACGUCGAAGAAACCACCAAUUAGGAAUAAAGCGGCUCUGUCAUCGCGUCCCUUGCAGUCCAACAACUUUAGCUAUGAUGACAGCAGUGAUAACAGCAGCGAUGUGACCGGUGAAGUGACCAAUAAAUUGCUGUCCUACAGACAAGCAUAUAAACCACUUGUGCCUUCAGUAUCCUCCUUGCAAAAUGACAAGCCGGAUGUGCAAUCAAGGGGUACAGGACAAGACGUCAUUGGUAGAGCAGAUAUUUUUCCACCAGUGCAUAUAAACACACAUGAUUUCAAAGAGAAUACAGGUAGGAAGAAAUACAAGGGUAAAAAAUCAGCAAACUCCAACAAUGAUACGGCGUCUGAAGAUGUAUGGAAAACCCGAAAGACCUACACACCAGGAAACAAUGUUAAACUUGCGCCUCCGAUUGUGGUGUCGCAAACAACUAUUAUGCCACCUGGAAUACUGGUUUUAAGUGAAACAAAGGCAAAGCAACCUAAACUUUCAUCGAGGGUUAGUUUCUCUGAAGUCACCGAAAGCCUGAUCAUUUCACAGGAUACAGUCGAUGCCAGUAGCCAGUCUACGCAAUGCAGCAAUCAAGAAGAUGUUCCUGAAAUUCAUCGUGAAAGAGACCCUUCUGUUAAGGAAGAGAAGAUUAUCAAGACAGAUGCGAGAGUGACUGUUAGAAGCACGAGAGGUAUUAAGAAACUACGAGAGUUGAAGCUGACUGAAGACAAGCUUGGUAGCUGUGCAGCAAGUACACAAUUAGAAGAGCAAGAGAAUAAACCAGCUAAGGAGACUGCCAGCAUGAUGUCGAAGUCGCAGCGAUCAAAGUCAGCAAGACGAAAGCCGCAGCAAGUAACGUCACGGGUCCGCAAGAAGACAAAGCCAGCACACGAGCAAAUGCGAUCGGAAGGAGCGAGAGGUCAGACUUCGAUGCCGUUCUGCAGUUACGACUUUGACGAAAUCAACGCUUCGGAGCUGAACAUUGAGACAGAAAUGUCAUUGAAACAAAUGCCCUUUCCUGUUACGGAGACUACUUUCUCUCCUGUUACAGAAUUAGCAGAUGAUGUCAUUGACAGUCCAGAGUCGCUAGACGGAAGGUUGUUGGACAUAGCCGUGAAACCUAAUCUGGUUACAUCACAUAGACUGGAAUCAAUACCGACUCGAAUGACACAGGCGGUGAAGGAAAAAGGGCAAAAAGAAAACCAAGAUCGGCCAGGGAAGGCACGUAACAUUCAACCCAAAGUUAGAAGAGAUGGCAGAGAGCAGGAACAGCAGGACAAAGUAGAUAUUGCGGGAGAUGCCUCUUCGUUGCUCCCGACACGCAAGCUUAGGUCCAGAAGAGUAGUUGGCAAAGACGAAUUAAAAGAGGCCCCAAAAGAUUCUUCACCCUCCCUCUCUUGUGCAUCAGAAAGCUACGAGCCCUCCACUCUACCCAACACAGGACCAAAUGAAGCUGCUAUGCAGGAUGUACCUGCUUCACUAGCGGUUACCACUCGCCGCGUCAUCGGCAGACGUAAAAAACUCGACGGCGACAACCCACAACCGACCGAUCGGGGAAAAAACACCACGCACGAUGCUUCUCCCGAAAACGCCACAGUGGGCCUCGCGCGAAAUGCAGGGAAACCGAGAGAGGAUGUCUCGAAACUAGUUCGACUGCCACGCUUCGAUGCGCUUGGUUUCCGCCCGGCGAAGUUUCUCACGAGCACGCCCAUGCCGGUUGGCAACGUCUGCGGAAGUCCCGGACACAUCACCGUAUGCGCGGACGUACACGCUAGACACGAGAUGUCGCCUCUCAGGCCUGCAGCGGUUGCAAGGAACGCGUCCGGAGAUGCGCUGAGCAGGAGAGGGGUACCAAACGGGAGCAUAGUGUUCAUUCAACCGACUCUGAGUCCCGCGGGCACGCCAGUGAAGGGCAAGAAGGGCCGGUGGAAGGGCAAGCCUCUCAAGAAACGCGCUUCUCCAGUACGCAAGACGGACAUUGAAGCUGUGCAGACAAGAAGCGGCGAAAAGCCACCUGUACAGGAAGCUCCAUGCGAAAAAGAAGAAGUCACAGGUGAUGCCCCAGUGACGACAAGGUCGAGCGAGUUGGCCUUGAACAGAGCUGUGAACAGAAUGAGGGAUAUCAUGGCUUCGUCGCCGCCAUUGCUGACAUUUGACCUCGAGGAUUCCGCAUCGCCCAAUCUUAGCCACGCAAGUUCAAAUUCAGAUGAGUAUCUUGUGCAGCUAACAGAUGAAAUGAUCGAUGGGGAUCAUCUUAGCUGCAUUGGCACUGUGCCAACACUCUCACCGCCAGAGCCUGAACAUACCAAGACAAAUGGCCCACAAAAGAAAUCUGUGACUGCCAAGUCAGCCCUGACCAGAAGAUCAAAGCCUUCAAAGCGAGAAGUGACCCACACAAUAGUUAAGCAGCAGCAGCAGCAGAAGAAGAAGCAGCAGCAGCAGCAACAACAACAGCAACAGAGGAUGAGUAAUCCUAACAAAGAGAUGCGCAUUGAGGAUAUGUUUGACCUACCAGAUGACAAAGCAGUCUACAAAACCCGUGGUUACAAGCGACGACAGGUGUUAAGCACACAACCGACAAAGAAACGGGCAGAGGAUGGGCACGAUACGUGGAUAUAGGUCAAGGAAAUGUGAAAGCUGCAUUACAAUAGGCAAACAAAUGGCUGUUAUUCAAACGAAUCGUUUCCAUUUGUUGUCAAUGGUCCUCCAUGGACCACCGAUCUAUGGCUUAACUGAAGUGUUAUUUGCAAGGGAUACACGUGAGUUGUAAAGUCCAGUUGCAUUCGCUUGUGUUUCUAACUAUCUGAACCAGUGAAUGCCAUUUGGAAUAUUUCUAGGCUGUGUGAAAGUGUUAGCAGGAGUCAUGUGUGCAUUACUGUCAUGAGACGUGUCAACUUGUAUCGAUGUUGUAUAGUAUCAUAGAUUAUUAUAAUAUAGUAUGAAUCUUAGCACUUUUCGUACAUGUCCAGGAUGAUCGAUGAAUGGAUGGUCCAAUGCAAAUCGCAAUUAUUAAGACAGCAUUGCCAAACUUGGCAUGAGUGUGUGUUUCAGCCUAUAUGUGGGCCAGUCAGAUCAUAGUCUUAUUAGCUACCACCAGAGGGGGCUGUUCGUUUGGUAACCUCGUGAGCACAAUUUAAUGAAGAAGCUCUUACACAAACCAUCUGCAACCACUAAUGAAUGUUAGUACAGAGGUCUGAAAAUACUAAAAUUUUAAAUAUUAUUUAGGAUCUAAAAAGCACCUAUUCAUUUUCGAUCACUGAUCCAAGUUGGUAACCAGGAAUGAUUUAGAUUGUAGCAUCUUUUCCUGUGUAAUACCGUCUGUCAUGAGUUACAUCAGUUCAUUAUCAACCAUAUUUGCAAAAUAACCAUGUAGUCAAAGUUGUUUGUACUGUUAGUUAUAGUAUAUAUUACGAAUGCCCUAAUCGUACAAAUUAAAUUUACGCGUGUCUUCCCAAGACCAUUAUUUUGUAGCACUAUGACUCGUUGUUCACUUAUAUGUUGUAUACUAGUUUAGCUUUAGUAACAAGAAAUUGUUAUGGCAUAGCAUUUCACUUUGCAUAUUCAAUUAUGUUGCCUUAGGCAAUAUACUGGUGAUUAUUAUUCUAUUAUACUUUACUGUGCUUCUUAUGGA